UAUUAGUCGCAUUUGCGAGCCCAUCUUCAAAAACCUCACUACUGCUCACAGAGACAGAAAGAGAGAGAGAGAGCAUUACACAGGUCCGUCCGUACAGUCCCUCGAGAUCUCGGAGAUUCAUUUCGGUCGGCCAUGGCUCAGCCUUUGGUGAAGAAGGACGAUGAUCGUGACGACGAAGCGGAUUAUUCUCCGUUUCUGGGGAUCGAGAAAGGUGCUGUUCUUCAGGAAGCUAGAGUUUUUAAUGAUCCUCAGCUAGAUGCUAGGAGAUGCUCGCAGGUUAUUACCAAGCUUUUGUAUCUACUGAACCAGGGUGAAACCUUCACAAAGAUCGAAGCGACAGAAGUAUUCUUUGCUGUGACUAAGCUUUUCCAGUCAAGAGAUAUAGGAUUAAGGAGAAUGGUUUAUCUAAUGAUAAAGGAGCUCUCUCCCUCUGCAGAUGAGGUUAUUAUUGUCACGAGCUCCCUUAUGAAGGACAUGAAUAGUAAAACUGAUAUGUAUCGGGCGAAUGCUAUCCGUGUGCUUUGUCGGAUCACAGAUGGAACUCUUCUCACCCAGAUUGAAAGAUAUUUGAAACAAGCCAUUGUUGACAAGAAUCCAGUUGUUGCAAGUGCAGCUUUAGUUAGUGGGAUCCAUUUGCUCCAGACAAACCCAGAGAUUGUGAAAAGGUGGAGUAAUGAGGUUCAGGAAGCCGUCCAAUCUAGAGCAGCUCUCGUACAGUUUCAUGCACUGGCUUUACUCCACCAGAUUCGGCAGAACGAUCGACUAGCUGUGAGCAAGUUGGUUACCAGCUUGACGAAGGGAACUGUUCGCUCUCCAUUGGCUCAGUGCCUGUUAAUUCGUUAUACUAGUCAGGUUAUCCGUGAGUCAGCUGGCAACACACAAACAGGGGACCGUCCUUUUUACGAUUAUCUUGAGGGUUGUCUGCGCCAUAAAGCAGAAAUGGUGAUUUUUGAGGCUGCCAGAGCAAUCACAGAACUCAAUGGUGUGACCAACAGGGAAUUGACUCCAGCAAUUACUGUUCUUCAGCUCUUUUUAAGCUCUUCAAAGCCGGUGCUGAGAUUUGCUGCUGUGCGCACUUUAAAUAAGGUUGCAAUGACUCAUCCAAUGGCUGUGACAAACUGCAACAUUGAUAUGGAGAGUUUAAUUUCCGACCAGAAUAGAAGCAUUGCCACUUUGGCAAUCACCACACUUUUGAAGACAGGAAAUGAAUCUAGUGUGGACCACUUGAUGAAGCAGAUAACUAAUUUCAUGUCUGAUAUUGCUGAUGAGUUCAAAAUUGUUGUUGUGGAAGCUAUAAGAUCAUUGUGUUUAAAGUUUCCAUUGAAGUACAGAGCUCUGAUGAACUUCCUAAGCAACAUUCUUAGAGAAGAAGGUGGGUUUGAGUACAAAAAGGCAAUUGUUGACUCAAUUGUCAUCCUGAUAAGAGAUAUUCCUGAUGCAAAAGAAAGUGGGUUGCUUCAUCUGUGUGAGUUCAUUGAAGAUUGUGAAUUUACGUAUCUUUCAACACAGAUACUCCACUUUUUGGGGAUUGAAGGGCCAAAAACCUCAGAUCCAAGUAAAUAUAUACGAUACAUAUAUAAUCGAGUGCAUCUUGAGAAUGCAACUGUAAGGGCCAGUGCUGUGAGCACAUUGGCUAAGUUUGGUGCUAUGGUUGAUUCCUUGAAGCCGCGGAUAUUCGUUUUGUUGAGGCGAUGUCUAUUUGACAGUGAUGAUGAGGUUCGUGAUAGGGCAACGCUUUAUCUGAAUACACUUGGGGGAGAUGGUUCUGUUGUUGAAACUGACAAAGAUGUGAAGGAAUUUCUUUUUGGUUCUCUGGAUGUCCCACUUGUCAAUCUAGAGACGAGUCUGAAACAUUAUGAGCCUUCAGAAGAGCCUUUUGACAUCAAUUCAGUACCCAGGGAGAUCAAGUCUCAGCCACUUGCUGAGAAGAAAGCUCCUGGUAAAAAGCCUACUGGAUUGGCUGCUCCUCCAAGUGGCCCUGUAUCUACAGUAGAUGCUUAUGAGAAGUUGCUGUCCUCUAUCCCAGAAUUUGCUAGCUUUGGGAAGCUUUUCAAGUCCUCAGCACCAGUGGAGCUCACAGAGGCAGAAACUGAAUAUGCGGUUAAUGUUGUUAAGCACAUUUUUGAUAGCCAUAUUGUGUUCCAGUACAACUGCACCAAUACAAUCCCAGAGCAAUUACUGGAAAAUGUCACUGUUAUAGUGGAUGCUGCAGAAGCAGAGGAAUUCUCUGAAGUUGCUUCCAAGCCUCUUAGGUCCCUUCCUUAUGAUACACCUGGACAGACCUUUGUGGCAUUUGAGAAGCCAGGAGGAGUUCCUGCUGUUGGAAAAUUUUCAAACAUUCUGAGAUUCAUAGUUAAAGAGGUUGAUCCAAGUACUGGUGAGGCAGAGGAAGAUGGCGUGGAAGACGAGUACCAGCUGGAGGACCUUGAGGUUGUUGCUGCUGAUUAUGUGUUGAAAGUUCCAGUCUCCAAUUUCAGGAAUGCAUGGGAAAGCAUGGGUCCUGAUUGUGAGCGGGUAGAUGAAUAUGGCCUUGGCCCAAGGGAGAACUUGGCUGAAGCUGUGAAUGCUGUGAUCAAUCUUCUGGGACUGCAGCCAUGCGAGGGCACAGAAGUUGUUCCCAGCAAUUCAAGAUCACAUGCAUGUCUACUCUCUGGUGUAUACAUUGGCAAUGUGAAGGUGUUAGUGCGGUUAUCUUUUGGAAUCGAUAGCUCAAAGGAAGUUGCUAUGAAACUGGCUGUUAGAUCUGAGGAUGAGACUGUCAGCGAUGCCAUUCAUGAGAUUGUGGCCAGCGGUUAGUUGGCUAUGUUUCAUCCUGCGCUAGGCAUUUUUUCAUUUUCUCCUGGGAGAUAUGUGGAGGAUGGCUGCCGAUUGCAGACAACUUUUGUAGAGAGAUGUUCACAUUACUAUGUUAUGGUCCUGAAGGAGGGUUAUUUUGCAAAUAGGUUCUGCUUGCUAUCCGUUUACUUAGUAAGUAAUAAUACUCAAAAAAGAAUCAUGUUGAUCCGGCUCGUUAGAAUUUACUUAUUACAUUAUCAUUUUCAUUUUCGUUUUUCUUUCUUUUACCCGUCCAUCAAAUUGUAGUUCAUAUUUGCUCAUUAUAUAUGUGACAUUGAAUUUUGAGGCACUGUCUUGGUUAGAAAAAUAGGGAAUUGUAUUUGUUUGGAUACUUUUUUGUAUUCUGUAUUCAAUCUCUAUAUACAAUUAAGUAAUUUUUCUUCUUA